GAACUAGCCCGCGGCCGCCGCCGCUGUCGCCGCCGUCGCAACCGCCAACUCGGUCUGCCAACGCACCACUUUCACCUCGUCUUGUACCCGGCACUCGUUCAUUCAAUCACCAGCCGCCAGCCACCACAUAUGGAUUCGUUCGCUUCGUCCACAGGCCGCCGGUAUUGAUUAACACCUCCAUCCUGAUCGCGCAGCCUGCGCUCCCAACGGCCGCCAUGGCCUUUCAAUCUGCACUGCUGCCCAACAUGGCAGCAGCAACGGCUGAGGUCUGGCCCUCGGUCGUCAAAGCCCUGGCCAUGCCACCGACCGUCACAUCUGUAACAAGGCGUCCCCGGCAGCCCGCACACUACAAUACUCAACCCAUCGUUUCUACCACGCCGUUGUUCGCACUGAAUUCAACGGCCCCCAUGAGGAGGCUGUUCUCGACGUCGGCUGCACGCGGGGUGCUGCGCAGCACACCUAUUCCGCAAACUAGGUCUCCUCUUCAAGAUGUUGUCACUCGUCUGGCCGUCUCCUCACGUCUUAAUCCUUCCUCAACCGCGGCUCGGAAUCAUGUCUCUGGUCUCUCUUCCAAUCUCUGGCUGUUGCAGCGCCGUGGCUUUAGCAAUGGGGGUAUCUCUCGCAAUAUGCUGGCCAACCUCGAAGCUGCCGCCAACCGGAACCCGACCAGCCCAACCGCUCAGAACGCUUUCUACCAGGUCCUCCUCAAGGCGAACAUGCCGGGCAUCAUAGUCGAACGAUACCAGUCAGGAAGAUACGCGAGGAAUCAAGCGGUCGAGGACGUCUAUGCCAAGGCAUUGUCCAUGAUGAACGGCAACAAGGUCGCCGACGUCGGUGCUGCCGGUGGCCAGGCCGGUGGGCUUAACCAGUCUCAGCUUCAGGCCAUCGGUCAGGCUGUCGCGGCCAGUACCAAGGGAGGCAACAUCGCGGUAUCUACUCAAGGUUCUGGUGGAAAACAAGGGCCCAUCCAUGUCGUCGUGGAUGAAUCGCUUGGUUCCACCAUCUUCAAAUGGGUCAGGUUUUUCAUGAUCUUUGGUUUCGUCUGCUACUUCAGUUUGGUUGUGGUUACCAUGAUCGUCGAGAGCUUCAAUUCCUUCAAGCGGACCGGCACCGCUCGGGCUGAUGCUGAGGUCAAGGCCGAGAGCCAGAAGGCCCGGUUCGCUGACGUCCAUGGGUGCGACGAGGCCAAGGAGGAGCUCCAGGAAAUCGUCGAGUUUCUCAAGAACCCCGACAAGUUCUCGACCCUAGGCGGGAAGCUGCCAAAAGGCGUUCUCCUGGUCGGCCCCCCUGGCACUGGCAAGACCCUCCUGGCACGUGCAGUUGCCGGUGAAGCUGGCGUUCCCUUCUUUUACAUGUCUGGGAGUGAGUUCGACGAGGUCUACGUUGGUGUGGGCGCCAAGAGAGUGCGCGAUCUCUUCAAUGCUGCCCGGUCGAAAUCCCCAGCAAUCAUCUUCAUUGACGAGCUGGACGCCAUCGGAGGUAAGAGAAACGCGAGGGACAGUACUUACGUGAAGCAAACACUCAACCAGCUCUUGACCGAGCUGGACGGUUUUGACCAGAGCAGUCAGAUUAUCAUCAUCGCGGCGACAAACUUCCCCAAGCUACUUGACAAGGCCUUGACCCGUCCCGGUCGAUUCGACCGUCAUGUCUCGGUCGACUUGCCUGACGUCCGAGGGCGGCUCGCCAUUCUGCAACACCACGCCAAGAAGGUCAAGUUGGCCGAGAAGAUCAACCUGCAAGAGCUCGCCCAGGGCACUUCGGGACUUUCCGGCGCCGAGCUCGAGAAUAUUGUGAACUCUGCUGCCAUUCAUGCCAGCAAGAACAAGUCGCCGUUCAUCUCCAUGAAGGAUCUCAUCUGGGCCAAGGACAAGGUCGUUAUGGGUGCUGAGAAGAGGAGCAUGGUUAUCAGCGAGAAAGAGAAGCUCAUGACGGCUUAUCACGAAGCUGGUCAUGCCCUCGCUGCCUUGUACACUGCGGCCCAGCCCAUUGCGCUUUACAAGGUCACAAUCCUCCCACGUGGUGGAACUCUCGGCCACACUGCCUUCCUUCCGGAAAUGGACAAGCACUCUUGGACCACAUCAGACUACCAUGCCAGGAUUGACUGUGCCAUGGGAGGCAAGGUGGCCGAAGAGAUUGUCUACGGCAGCGACCUUGUGACUUCAGGAGUCAGCGGAGACCUGAACAAUGCGACCGACCUCGCGUUUCAAAUGGUCGCGUACUUCGGAAUGGGCGGGGGAGGAUUGGCCCCUAUGGACUUCGGGUCCAGGUACAACAACCUGAGCCCGGCAACCAGAGAACAGGUCGAGCGGGAAGUUCAGAAAAUGCUGAAUGAAUCGUAUGGUCGCACGCGAGAAAUGCUGGUCGCAAAACGGAAGGAGCUUGACCGGCUGGCUGAAGCCCUCGUCGACUACGAGACCCUGGACAAAGAAGAGGUGUUGAAGGUGAUCAAAGGCGAGUCGCUCACUGACCGCAUAAAGAUGCCAAGGGAUGGGCCCAUGACGGUUCCAAUAUCCUCAAACCCCCUCGAGGGCCUGCCGCCGAUCGGCGGAGGGGAGCAGCAAGGUGGUUCUGAGCCGCCGCCCCCGGCGCCCCCCGCUUCAGUAUAGUGGCCGGGAUGCCGGGGUGCGUAGGGGACGGGAAAUCUCCCCCAUCCAUCUAGAGGGCGGAUGAAUUGAGUGAGUGUGUAUCAUUUGUAUUGGUUGGGAGGGGAAAGGAACAAGACUCAAAGAGUCUGCAGCGUUUACUAAGUCCAACGGGGCAAAUCGCGUUGUGGUACCGUUUCAGAGCGUAUUUAGAACAGCAUCUGUCUUAAGGGCAUUGAUGAAUUCAGCAAACAAAAACCAAACAGAUCACCACCAGGAAUCACAAAAAGAAACUUUAUACCACUAG